AUGGACCUGUUCUCCGCCGCCUGUGAGAAUUUCGGUCUGAUCAUCAACACGCAGAAGACGGUGGUCAUGCAUCAACCGCCACCCAACACAGCCACUCCUCCCAACGCGCCACAAAUCAGUGUGAACAGAACCCAACUGAAAGUGGUGGAGAACUUCCCGUACCUGGGCAGCACCCUCUCCCGUAACACCAAAAUCGAUGACGAAGUCGCUCACAGGAUCUCGAACGCCAGUCAAGCCUUCGGUCGCCUCCAAAACACAGUUUGGAAUCGCCACGGUCUCCAACUGAGCACGAAGCUGAAGAUGUACAAGGCCGUCAUCCUGCCGACGCUGCUGUACGGAGCGGAGACUUGGACAGUGUACACAAAGCAUGCACGCCGAAUGAACCACUUCCACCUUAGUUGUCUCCGCCGCAUCCUGAGACUGAACUGGCAGGAUCGAAUCCCUCGACACUGA